UGCGUCAUUUGUUGUCGUUCGGGCGCCGAGCGACAUCGAGUCACCAUGGCCAGUCCUGAGGAUGUGAUCGAGUACGCGCCGGUGGGCCCCGAGACGGUGCCGCGCUGUCACCGGCGGCGAGUCUCCGAGUUCUCCCAGUUCUCCGAGCUGGACAGAUUCGAGCUGCCCGAGGUGUCUCGUCUUCUGGAGCAAGACGAGGGCAGUGGUGGCGGCCAUGCCCUCCCCAGCACACCCCAGGACGACUCUUACGAUCCCAUGGAGCGGGCCCCUGUGACGGCGCGGCCGCCGGCGCCGGGGGCAGCAGCCCGCUCCCCGGCCCGCUCCCCGGCGCGACACCGCUCGGCGGACAGCGUGCAGCGCCGGCUGCGGCAGCGGCACCCGGCCAUCGCGCAGCGAGCCUCGGACGAGCUGGUGGACCAGGUGAUCAACCGGGAGGAGUCCAACAGUGACCUGGACUUCAGUCAGCUGGCGCACAACGCCAUCGAACAUGCUGAGGAGCUGGUCCAUAAGGCGGAGGAGUUCGCUCACAAGGUGUGGGCGGCCGGCACCCGACUGGUCUCCUUCCACGCGCUGCCGCCCUGGGCGCAGGACAACGACUACAUCCACAAGUCGCACCGGGCGCCCAUGCCGUCCUUCUACGCUUGCUUCCGCUCCAUCUUCUACAUACACACGGAGACCAUCAACAUCUGGACGCAUCUGCUCGGCUGUAUCGGCUUUGUGAUAAUCGCCACCUACUUCCUAACGCGGCCUUCGGUGGAAGUGGACUUUCAGGAAAAGUUGGUGUUCUCGUGCUUCUUCGCCGGCGCGAUCGUCUGCAUGGGCGCCUCGUUCACGUUUCACACGGUCGGCUGCCACUCUAAGCGGGUACUGCGGCUCUUCUCAAAGUUCGACUACUGCGGCAUCUCGCUGCUGAUUGUGGGCUCGUUCAUCCCGUGGCUGUACUACGGCUUCUACUGCAGCUUCGUGCCCAAGGUGAUCUACCUGACGUGCGUCAUCUGCCUGGGCUCGGCCUGCAUGAUCGUCUCGCUGGUGGACAAGUUUGGCGAGCCCGAGUACCGCAUGCUGCGAGCAGGUCUGUUCCUGGGUUUCGGUCUGAGCGGUGUGGUGCCCGCCGUGCACUACCUGUACUCGGAGGGCUGGUUCAACUCUGUGCCGCUCACGGCCGUCGGCUACCUGGCCCUCAUGGGAGCGCUGUACGUGGCCGGCGCGCUGCUCUACGCCUUCCGCGUGCCCGAGAGGUGGUUCCCCGGCAAAUGCGACAUCUACUUCCAGAGCCACCAGAUAUUCCACGUGCUGGUAGUGGCGGCGGCCAUGGUGCACUACCACGGCGUCUCCGAGCUGGCCAUGCACCGACUCACCAACGGCGAGUGUGCCUCCGAUCAGCACCUGGUGCUCUGAUGGGACGGACGGCGCCGAUAGACACACACAGGGGAAGCGAGCCCCGAGGACGGACGGGACGGACGGAGAGCCGCCGGUAAGGGCGGACGGACAGAGUGUGAGAGCAAUGCAGGGUCGUGCUGUGGCUGGCGCGGGUCACGUGCGGCACGCGAGACAGACAGACAGAGAUGCUAUUUAGUGCAGCUGCCGCUGCGCGGGCGGCGGCGCCGGCUCCGAUUCUGUUGGCCGUAGCGGUAGUCGUUGGAGCUGUUAUACCGGUAUAUGCGUUACGAUCAGUGUAUUUGAAUUUCCGUUCAAGUGAGAUCAGUAUGUAAUACACACUAUCCGACACGA